UUAUGAUGAAUAAAAUUUCACAUUUAAUUGUCACAUGAAUAUCAUGUAUUCUGUCAUAUAUUCAGUAUAAAUAUAUGAGAGAACUAUCUGCUUAUUAAAUCGCCAAAACAACAAUAUGAAAUCAUCUACUUCAGGUUGUUUAGCUAUCUUCUGUGUCAUCCUACUACUUAUUACAACUUCUAUUUAUGCCGGUUCCACCAAUGGGGGAAGUCAGAAAACUCGGCCAACAAAGAAUUAUGCAUGGGAUUUUGAAAAUUUGUAUUAUCUCAAUUGUAAUAUUAGUCACAAAAAGUUUAGAUGUUGCAAUUAUGCUGACAAUCUUUGCGUUGGUUACACAGGGACAUCUUUUACAAAUUCAUUGUAUUCUGGAUAUGAAGGACACUUUGACAAUCAGAAACUUCGUAUUAUUGGUAUGAUUAUAUUUUAAAAUAUUUGUAAAUCUAUCCAAUACAUCUGGUUAAGAAAAAAUUUCGAUAACUUAAGUAAUUAAACAAUGAAGUAAAAUGAAUUGUUGUUUCUGUGAUGGAAAGUACAUGUACAUAUUUACAAACGCUUCAAGAAGUAAAUAUUAAUUAGUAACUGUGUACAGCCAACAUACCACAGCUAUCUAGAAAAGAAACAAAUUAAACAGUUUGACCCUCAAAAACACCAUUUGUUCAAAAACAAUGUCGAUAACAAAUCUUUAGGGAAUUCAAAUAAAUUUUUAAUUCACUUUUUAUCACGCACGUUAUCAGUAAUUUUAUUUAGAAGUCCUUUGUACAUAAUAAGUGUUACUCAUUCAAACCGUAAGUCGGUUCGCUCGUGAUUUAGGUUUUACUGUCUGUGAUCGAUCUUCAAUUAAUCGGUUCACUAAUUUUUUCAACAUCAUAGAAUCAAUGAGUUGGUUUUAGUUGUCACAUAGUUGGAAAGCCUGUAAACGUUGACGUUUAUGUUUUGUGUAAGUUAGUAAUACUAUAUGCUAUUAUUCUCAAGAAUAAUUUAGUCAUGGUUAUUCAUCAUUAGGAACGAGUUCUGUUUAUUUUUGUUUUUCUAUUUCCUUUGACUUUUUCUAUUAUAGUAAGCACAAUGAAUUCAACUUGUAAGAUUAUUCUACCUAUACUUAUACUAAUAGGAUUCACAAUUUAUUGUAUUAUUAAGAGCUGGAUAUACAUUUAUAACAUUCUUGUCUGUUGUAGUUUAGAAAACUCUUUCGAUUGUACGAUCAUCAAUCAUUUCUUUUACCUUUAGGAAUUUCAAAAUAAAAAUAACUUCCCAUUAGUACUCAUUAAAUAGUGCACACUAACUUACAUACUCCUGUUACCUCUAGUUCGGGCAUAGAGUUAGUACCAUAAACCCAUAGAAAACAAUUUUAUUGAACAAAGUCAGUCAGAAAAAGCAAUUUGAAAUAUAAAGUACACAAUGAUUAACUGCUCUUAUUGAGAUGAAAAAUAAGAAAUAAUUUUCAUAAUUUAUUAGAUACAUUCCUAGCAAAAUACAAAUGAUUAUCUGACUUUAGCAAAAUUAAACCAUUUUUCUCAUGUAAGCUUCAUAUCGACCAUUUAUCAUUUCUUAAAAUUUUACCAAGGUUACAAAUUUCAACGUAAGUUCUCUUUGCUCGAUUUAUGUUUUUGGAGAUGAUACGUCCGAAGCUAACUUAAUGACGUAUCUCAGUAAACAACUGGAAUACUAAAAAAUCUCAAAUUCAAGAGUUAAUAUGCAUAUUUAUUGAUAAGCCUCCUAUAAUCUGUAAAUAUGUGAAUGACCAAUUUUACUGACUGGUUUUUCAUUCUGUUACAAUGAGUGUGAUAUACUUAUAAAACGAAAAUGGUUAUAAUCAACAAAAAUUCAGUUAUUAAUAAUACUGUAAACUAAACGGGCAUCUUUACCAUUUUUUUAGAAUAUCGAACUAGUAGUAAGCUUCACCCAUUCUUAUCUAAAUCAUUAAAAUAAAGUUUGUGCAGCGAAUACGUUGUAGUCUUAUAUACAUUCAUAAAGUUAACUUAAAUUCCCAUCCACAUAUUGAUAUCACACUCAUUAAAUUAUCAGAUCAUUCGACAAAUAAUCUUCAAUUUGACAAUCUAUGAAAUAACUUUGGAAGAACAUUAACAGUGAGACUAUAUAUGUGUUCAUACUAACAUUAUCAUUAUCCGAAAGAUAGAUCGAGGCUUUUAAACAAAAUAUCACUAAUGACUUUCAUAGACUAAAGUGUGUGCUGGACUGAAUCUCCGAGAUUGUGUGGAUGUUGUUCAUACUCUUGAAGAACAUUCUUACAUUCCAAUCUGCAGAUUUUAGUGUAACUUCAGGUGAUGCAAUUCAUUUAAAUUCACGGAAUGCUAACUCAUGACAUAUCAGCACUUACCAUGUCAUACAUUCAAAAUCUCAUGAUAAAUACAAGUUAAACCGUUGUCAUUAAUCUUAUAUUAGCUUGAGACAAUCAAUUAAACACAUCAUUUUCUUCUUUUGAUCUUCAUCUUAUGUAGCAUAGUCACACUGAAGAAAAACCUUUGCAUGAUGAUUAUAAAUGAAACAUUUAUCAUUUAUCACAUUAUGUACGGUUUCAAGAAAACUCCAGCUUCUGUCAAAAUUUCAUGCUAACGGUUAACUGGGAUUUGUUCAGAUGGAUAUUUUUUUAUUGACCAAGUACCUGCUAAAAUAUAACUCUCUGCAACCUA